UGGGGCGAACCUGUGUGGAUGUUUGAGGCGGUUCGGGGCGCGUUUUGGGGCGCAGUCGGGUUUUGGGAGGCUGAGGGGGCGUGGUGUGGCUCCGGACCGGCUCAUGACUCUGGAUUCACUCAUGCAUGGUCACACAAUGUGACAGCGCAGUCAUGGCUGGAAACGGGAGGCAGCUCCGCCUAAACGAGCCCCAUCUUCAAGUGUUGGGUCUCCAGAACCAAUAACCCCAGCGAACCCACGCCCGCAGAGGUCUGUGCGUGAAUGAGUCCGCGUGGCACCGGUUCCAGCAACAGGUUGAGGGUUUGAAUCCCGGGACGGACUUCGCUGCAGCCGCGGGGGGUCCACGCGGUUGAGCGCGCUCACGUGAUGGCACCAGCGGUCGCGGAGGGAUUUGACAUCUCCGGUCUGAAGGUACGACGCAGGAGCGCUGCUGUGAACAUUUCCAACUAAAGACUCAUAUUGCGCAAUUAAUAUUGCGUCAGUUUCACCAACGUGCUGGACAAAAGCCGCACAAAGCUUUAAAGGCGUCCGCGGCCUCUGGCACACUCUGCAUUGUCCGCCACGCAGCUGAGCUUUGUCCGUUACAUUCACCACCAGGCCGCUUUAACGCACGCCGCAGAUACGAGCAACUAAACGAGAGAAGCGCCGACCAUUAAUUGCUGCGGUGACCGACAAUCCAGUAAAUAGACGCUUUCAAAUGACAUAUUCUCUGGAGACGUUGGCUCUCACUGACUCUUGACUCCAGAGUCAAGUCUGAUUGUUUGCCUCAUGUGUUUAUCUUCCAGGUGUCGUAUCGUGAACCCUAGUCGAUGGAUUUAUUACCUUUAAUUCAAGAACAUUUUAUCUCUACUGUCUCCAUAGGCCGGACCGCGUGAAGCAUGGGCGACUGGAGCUCUCUGGGGCGGCUGCUGGAGAACGCUCAGGAGCACUCCACGGUCAUCGGCAAAGUGUGGCUGACUGUGCUCUUCAUCUUCAGGAUCCUGGUGCUGGGCGCCGCCGCGGAGGAGGUGUGGGGCGACGAGCAGUCCGACUUCACCUGCAACACGCAGCAGCCGGGCUGCGAGAACGUGUGCUACGACCAGGCCUUCCCCAUCUCGCACGUGCGCUUCUGGGUGCUGCAGAUCAUCUUCGUGUCCACGCCCACGCUCGUCUACCUGGGCCACGUGCUGCACAUCGUCCGCAUGGAGGAGAAGCGCAAGGAGAAGCAGGAGGAGGCGCGCAAGGCGGCGCGCCUGCAGGAGGGGGAGGGGGAGGAGCCCGGCGGCGGCGGCGGCGGCGGCGGCGGCGGCGGCGGCGGCGGCGGCGGGGAGAAACCGCCCAUCAGGGACGAGCACGGAAAGAUCCGCAUCCGAGGCGCCCUCCUGCGCACCUACGUCUUCAACAUCAUCUUCAAGACCCUGUUUGAAGUGGCUUUCAUUUUGGGCCAGUACUUCCUCUACGGCUUCCAGCUGAGGCCGCUGUACAAGUGUGCGCGUUGGCCCUGCCCCAACAUGGUGGACUGCUUCAUAUCGAGGCCCACUGAAAAGACCAUUUUUAUCAUAUUUAUGCUUGUGGUGGCUUGCGUGUCUCUUUUGCUGAAUUUGUUAGAGAUCUAUCACCUCGGGUGGAAGAAGGUGAAGCAGGGCGUGACCAACGGGUCGGCGCCGCAGCGCGAGUCGCUGCGUCGCGUGGCCGUGGCCCCGCCCUCCAGGACCGCCCCCCCCCUCAGCCUCCCCCCCGACUACACGGACGUGACGGCGGGGGGCGGGGCCUUCGUGCCCCCGGCGCCGGAGUUCAAGAUGGACGAGCUCCGGCGCGAGGAGCCGCUCCAGCCCUCCCCCUCCCCCUCGCCCUCCUCCCCCUCCUCCCACUACUACAUAAGCAACAGCAGCAACCACCGGCUGGCUGCGCAGCAGAACUGGGCCAACCUGGCCACUGAGCAGCAGACUCAGGAGAUGAAGAGCCCCUCCUCCUCCUCCUCCUCCUCCUCCUCCUCCUCCGCCGCCAGCGUGGACGCCGAGCAGCCGGUCGACGCCGACCUGCCUCCGACCGGCAACACCACGAGUAACACCACCAUCACCACCAGCGGGCCGGAGGAAGACAUGCACGGGCCUCCGGUACGGGUCAGCGCCGACCCGCGGCGGCUCAGUCGGGCCAGCAAGAGCAGCAGCGUGAGGGUCAGGCCGAGCGACCUGGCCGUGUAGACGUCCCCUGACCAACAGCCCUGAACCCCAGCACCACACACACAGAAAAACACAAAGCCACAUAAUAACACACCACAAAAUGGCAGGGUCCGACCAGUUCAACUGGGUCCUAAUGGGUCCUACUGGGUCUGACUGCGUCAAAUUGGGAACUACUGGGUCCUACUAGGUCCUACUGGGUCCAACUGGGUCCGAAUGGGUCCUACUGGGUCAAAUUGGGAACUACUGGGUCCUACUAGGUCCUACUGGGUCCGACUGGGUCCUACUGGGUCAAAUUGGGCCUGACUGGGUCUGACUGUGUCCGACUGGGUCCUACUAGGUCAAAUUGGGCCUGACUGGGUCUGACUGGGUCCGACUGGGUCCUACUAGGUCCUACUGGGUACGACUGGGUCUUACUUGGCCAUAGCUGUGCCGUAGCUGGCUUCGCUGCUCAGGCCUGUUUUUCUGAGGUUUAACCUUCGCUCAUAGAACACAUUUGGUCCCAGAGUCCCGUCUUUUGCUGUAGCUCCUAACUGGUUCCAGACACACACCAGUUACACACACAGAGCUCGUACUAACGACAAACGCGCUCCUCUAACAGAGUCUAAUCGUUGCCUUCAUGAAUAUCAGCCCGUGGUUCUGAGCAGAGGUUCUGCUCGUUCAUUCAAGCUCCUCUCUAACACACUAAUCUGUCAGAUACGGUUUUAACCCACACCCGUGUUAUCGUCCAUCAUCUGGAUUCAAACUGCUGAUCUGCUGAACCGGGACACAAAUAGAACCAAGUGGGUCGACAUCCCUGUUCAUAUUUGUACCUGCCUUUUUUUUGAUGCCUAAAGUUUACAUUUUGGUAGCGACACAGAUUUGCACAUGUAGGGAAGUAAGCUGCUGUUUUGGUAGUAACAGGGAGAGCGAGCGAGCGAGCGAGCAUGACCCCAGACUGCAGGGCUGUAUGAUCCUCAAAGGAAACACGUCUUAAGCACAAAGCUCAGCAGCAGCAGGUUUGAAGCUGCAGUGGGAGACGCUCACACGCCUGUGACAGGAUGUGGAGCUCCCUCCUCUGAUUCCCCCGACUAGAAACCAACAGGAUGCUCGCGCAGCGGCCGUUCCCUGUCUUAAACAAGACAAGUGCCUUGUGUAUGAAUGAUUCUUUUGUAAGAACAAGUUGAUGUAAAUGUUCAUUUACCUCAGACGUUUACAAAACUGUUACUAAAUAAAUUUUUGUACCAUG